AUGCACAGCAGUAGGACGGCAACUGACACACAGUGAUCAUCUCUGCUGCCUCCCUGGCUAAAUCUGCAUGGCGACUUAACACAGAGAUUACAUCUGCAUUAAGAGCACUGUGUUUCACCAGCAACUUUACAAGUAGAUUAGAGCCUGAUGCUCGCCUGGUGCUGGAUUAUUAGGAGGAUAAUUUCUCCAAAGCGGAAGAAGUGAUUAGACAUCAGCAUGCUGUGCGUUUCUGCAUAGCGCGAGAGUUUAUCAACCUCAGCUCUUCAGUUUUUCAAGCAUUCAGUUGUGUCUUCACUGUGGUGCCUCAAGCCGAGCAGAUAGUGGUCUCCAAGGACUCCUCAACUACUUCAGCUUGUUUCACUCUCCACUAUUCAUCAGCAAGAAUGAAUUUUAACAGAGAACAGCAGCAAAUUAAUUAGUUGGAUGUCAGGUUAUCUGCAAAGUUUGGACAGGUGAAGGUGUGUGCAGUUUCAGAGGGAGGGGAGAACUUUGGAAAAAUCCCUCACGAGAGCACUUAAGGAGAACCUGGAGAGAUGUCCAAACCUUCACGUCUGGUCAAACCCUCCAAGCAGUCUCGAAAAGAACCUCCAGGGAACCGUUCACACAUGCUGGUUGUCGGGGAGAGGUUGAUGAGGGCUGGCAGUGAGGGCAACCUAGUGAGAUCCAGACCACCCCAGAAGCCUUCUGCCACCGAUCCAGUGGGUUCCAAUCCAGAGCCAGCAAGAAGCAACCAGAGGCUGUGCUCCCAUGAGGAUGUGGACGGCCACAACAGAAAACAAAGCAGUGCAGAUGAGAGCGAGCAGUCAGACCCUCGGUCCCCCCGCACCGUCCCAAGGAGACACACAGUAGGAGGGCCUCGUACUGCUGGGGACGUGAUCAUCAUGCAGUCCUACAACAUGGACCAUAAGAAAGAGGCCUUUCUUGAGCAUUUGAAACAGAAGUAUCCCCAUCACGCUUCUGUCAUCAUGGGGCACCAGGAAAGACUCAGAGACCAGAUCAGGAGUUCUGGGCACAGUGUACCCCCUCAGUCUGCUGUAGGGGAGCCGGGGGAGCAUCUCUCUUUGGCCUCCCUUGAGUCUUUGGAGGCCAUGUCAGAGGCAGAAGCCCCCUCCGCCUUCACCCGAGGCAGCCGCUCCCGAGCGAGCCUCCCCGUUGUCAAGUCAACUAACCAGACCAAGGACAGGUCAUUAGGUUUCCUCUACCUGCAGUAUGGAGAAGAUACAAAACAGAUCCGAAUGCCCAACGAGGUGACCAGUGCAGACACCAUCAGGGCCCUGUUUGUCAGUGCCUUCCCCCAGCAUCUCACCAUGAAGACACUGGAGUCCCCCAGCGUGGCUAUAUACAUCAAAGAUGACAUCAGGAAUAUGUACUAUGAGUUGACUGAUGUCAGGAACAUCACUUCACAGUCUUGCCUGAAGGUGUAUCAUAAAGACCCAGCCCAGGCCUUCAAUCACAAUGCAAGAGCCAAUAAUGGAGAUAUUAGGAUCACAAGAGAGAGACUCUACAGCAGCAGACAGCAGCCGGGAGGCCAAAGCCCAGUGCACACUCUGCCUCACAGUCCCAUACAUUCAGUCCAGGGCUCCAUGUCUCCUCCUACACCUCGCUCCAUGCCCUCCUCCCCUUCCAGGAUUCCAUUUGGCCAUUCUGUUUCCAUGCCCGGUGGCACCACCUUACCCAGGGACCGUCUGUCCAGCGUGCCCCCCAGUCGCUCCAUCACACCCUGCCCCAGUGCUAUCCUGGAGCGACGGGAUGUAAAACCAGAUGAGGAUCUGAGCAGCAAGAGCAUUCCUAUGUAUUCAGAAGCAUAUAGUUCGCCUGAGGCCAGACACAGCCUCGCCUCAUCACAAGGCAGCCAUAGCGGAGACAUCCCAGAUGGGGCAGCAUAUAUCCAGCACCGCUCCUCCGUCAAGUCUGUCGGCGCAUACCCCGAUGGCCAGGACCUGCAGCACUCCCUCUACAGACAGAAAUCUCGCAAGUACAGCGAGAGUCAGCUCGGCUCAAUGGGCUCCAAAACUCCACCUGCUUCCCCUCACAGGGUCAAUGAGGUCAGAAUGAUUGACAUGCUCCCAGGCCAGAACUCCCACAUGCCCUCACAGGGUGUGGCAGUGGAAAGGGCGUCAUCUGUUCGAAGAUCUAUGCGCAAGGACAGUAAUGGAGCCAUGGAGGUGGCGACCAGGGUGAGAGGCAACGUGGCCUCCCCUGUUUUUGCCGAACUUCCGCCCAGUCAUGGAGAGAGGCCGUUUCAAGGUCACGUGGCUGCUGGAGAUCCUCAGAGUGAAAGAAUAAAGGCUAUGGAGCAGCAGAUAGCCAGUCUUACUGGUCUUGUUCAACAUGCUCUGAUGAAAGGGCCAAGUACAAGUGCCAAAGAGACUUCCAGUGACAAACCAGUAAAGGUGGAUUCUCUGGCACAGAAUGAUAGCGUCUAUACUGUAACAUCAUCUAAGGACCCAGCUGUGCAGAUAGACAGUCCUUCAGCACAGGUUCAUCCUCCUGGCAGAGACCCUGCUAUAUGCUCAAUCCUCUCCACCUUCAGGAGAAACGUCUCUGACCUCAGACUGCAGCUCCACCAACUCAAACAGAUGCAGCUGCAAAACCAGGAUGCCAUGAGGCUGAUGCUGCGACAGGUGGAGCAGGAGAUCUCAGAAAAGGUAUCAGGCACUGUGCUGCCCCUCGAGGACCCUGUUCAUAGACAAAGAGUCCAGGUGGAAGAAGAAAGACACAGAUAUCUGGGCAUGGAGGAGCAUGUUCUCGUGCAGCUCGGAGAGCUGGAGAACUACGUGGAGAUGCUCAAGAAAGAAUCCACCUCUGCCAUGAGCCUUCGGCCAGUCACUCUGAAGGAUGUGGAGGAAGGGGCGGUCAAUUUACGGAAAGUAGGAGAAGCUUUGGCCACACUCAAAGGAGAGUUCCCAGACCUGCAGAUGAAAAUGCGUGCCGUGUUGCGGGUGGAGGUGGAGGCGGUGCGUUUCCUGAAGGAGGAGCCUCACAAAAUGGACAGCAUGCUGAAGAGGGUCAAAGCUCUGACCGACACUCUCAGUGGACUGAGAAGAUAUGCCACCGAGAGCCACAACCAUACUUCUGACUCAGUCCAAGUGAAGGCAUUGCCUACUGAUUCAGUUUCCUUUGUGGAGGAGUACAGAUCUCCAAAACCUGUUUGCGAGUCCCCCACCCCACAACCAAGAUCACCUGCCAAAGUCAACUGCUCGGAGCCCGUGCCAUCUUCUCCUGUAACUGUGCACCGCAUUCAGACAGCUCCCAUCAGCACACACCACCCCAGUCCCCCCCUGACACCCACCCAUGGCAGGGACUCCCCCACUGUGGCUAAGGUCAGUCCCAGGAGCAGAGAAAACAGCCCUGCCCUGCAAAAAAGAGCAGCUCCGCAGGGCCAGGAAGCCGUGCUAGUAACGACUGGAUCCUCCUCACCUCCACUGCAAGCGGAGGAGAUCGCUGUAAACAAAAGCAGGCCCAUGCCUGAAGAGGUUUCAAAACGGGCAGUAACGGAGGACACGGUUCACUCUGCUGGACCAGAAGCGGAAAAAGAAAUGGAAAGGAUCCUUCAGCAGACCCAGGCCAGCCUUAUGAAGGCCAUACCUGACCUGGAGGUGAGCAGCGAGGUGGACAGCGCCCUCUCUCAAACACCCAUCUUGCCGGAUGAGGUGGACUCUCCACUUCCUGUGUCUCCACUCCCUGAAGCCUCACCACAGGAUGGACCCAUAGUCGAUAAACCAGUCCAGACCAGUUUGGAAAGGCCACAGAAGCCGACCAUAGGAAAACCCCACAGGGCCAGUGUUGACAGAGUGAAGCCCAACCCUGAGAUGACCAGUAAAUCACCUCCCCCUCCCCCUCCACGCAGAUUCUACCCCUCUGGAACUGGACUCACCACUGGACGGUCAGGAGAGGUUAUCUACACCACCCGGAAAGAAUCCAUUAGUGCUCAGGAGGAUGAAGAGGAGGCCCCGCAGCCCAAACCCUUGCGUGUGCCCCCAGAGGUCAAGCCCAAGCCCCGCACCCCUCCUGUCAACACCUCCACCUUACAAGAUGAAGAGGAUGAAGGAGAUAAGAUCAUGGCUGAGCUACAGGUUUUUCAGAAGUGCACUAUUAAAGAUUUACAGCCCAGAUACAUUGUCGAUCUCACAACCCGUGAGUCCUCAGACAGUGAGAUGAAGCCAGGGCUUUCCCUAUCUUACCACACAAAGCAGACCACCACUCAUCUAUCUGAAGAAGGAGCACUAUCUGAAAGUAGGGAGAAUAGUGCAUCACCUGUUUCACCUGGGGUCAUGUAUUAUAUCACCGGAACUUCAAAGACAUCAAAUGAGGGCAUUUAUAGGCCAGAUGACCUAAAGGAGCCCAAGGAAGCUACAUUUUCUACUUCAAAGGUUGCACCUGUGAAUGCUUCUGACCUUUCCCAGCAGCAAAAAUUGUUAAUAUCAGAUGACUUCUCUGUAAUUUCACUUGAGUCAAAACAAUCAGUCAAGGAGGUCCAAAGCAAGCUAAACGAUAUUCAUCAGGUGUCAUCUGGUAUCUCUUUAAAGAACAGCCCUGAAGUUGGAAAAGAGCUUAAGACUGAAUCGGUUCUAAAGUCCCUAAAGCAGGUAGUUCCCCCACCCUCUGAGAAAGUUUCACCUGUUGAGAAGUUAGAGCAGCAGAUACUAUGUACGUCCUCUGAGCAACCUGUUCUGGAUAAGUCAAUAAAGCAUGGAUGUCGCUCAACCACUGUUCAAGUUACACUUGUUAGUAAAAGUCCUCAGAGUGCUGAACCUCAUAAUCACUCAUCGAUCCAUCAGCCAAACACUGAUGCCUCAUGUUCAGCACAGCUGAAUGACCAUGAGAAUGGGCAGGAAGUGACAAAGAGAUCAUCUAGAGGUCCAGUCAGAUACACUGAGGAGGCCAGUCUAAGUCCAGACCUCCCAGGAGAAGAAGGUCCUCCUCCACCAAAUAACAUUGCCUUUAGGAUAACUAAAAACAAGGUACAGGCUCUGUCGACAGGAGAAUACCAACAGCUGGUAAACAGCAAGGGGACGGAUGUCCAGACUCUUAAAGUGGGCUCAGAACCAACCGUACCUGCCCCAGAGGACUCUGGAUAUGACAAGAAGCCAGUUAUCAUAAUUUUUGAUGAGCCGAUGGAUAUCUGUCAGGCCUAUAAGCGACUGUCCACCAUUUUUGAGUGUGAAGAAGAGCUGGAGAGGGUGCUGUCAGAGGAGAGGAUCGAUGAAGAGAACGAGGAGGAGGCGGAAGUGGAAGCCAACUCAAGUCAGCUUGGUCAGAUAACACCUACAAAUAAUGCUCUAGAUCAGUGCAGAACUGAGAACAGGGUGAAUAGUCAGAGAAGUGGUAGCGCUGCAUUGCCUCUACAACAGCAGAGUUCCUUCGAGAGUUCUGCUCUUGACGUUGAGGAAGGAGACAAGACAGAAUCUCCUAAAGAUGCGAAAAAGAAAUUCAAGUUUAAGUUCCCCAAGAAGCAGCUUGUAGCUAUUGGCCAGGCUCUUCGUACGGGGACAAAAACUGGCAAAAAGACACUGCAGGUCGUUGUCUAUGAGGAUGAAGAGGAACCAGAUGGAACCGUGACUGAGCUCAAAGAAGCUAAAAGAUUUGAGAUCAAGGCCCACGCAGACUCUGAUUCUAACACCCUAAGGUCUUUAUCACAAAACCAGACUGGUACAUCACAGAGCACCAAAGACAGAACCAAGGAACUCCGUAAGACUACGUAUGAAACGUUAGACAGCCUUGAGCAGACCAUUAAGCAGCUAGAAAGUACCAUAAGUGGCAUUGGGCCUACAGUGGUUUCCGAAGUCUCCUGCAUGGAAGAAUCGAAAGCAAAGAGAAUUGCCAGUCAUGCAGAACCGGAGGAGGGCAGUCCCACAAAAAAGCCGGCACCUCUGAAGCCCAAACCCCACAAGUCAUCACUGCAAAAGAGACCCAAAACACAGUCUCGAUCCUCCUCAAGCACGUCCACCUCUUCCAGUUCCUCCAACAGUAAACAGAACUCUGGUGACUCUCCGGCUUCAAGUCGGAUUUCCUCACCCAAGUCCCGCCAGCAACCAGGGAGUGUGGAAAAACCUGGAAAGCCCCAAAAGCUCCAGGACUCCCAGAGGCAAUUCCGACAGGUAGUUUUACUGUAGGGCAUCCAGUGU